UCAGAAGACGGCCAAGCGCUCCGACCAAUAAGAUUUGAGGAGGUGUGGCUGGAGGCUAGCGUGCUGAAUAUGGGGGUGAAGCUGGAAGUUUUCAGGAUGGUCCUCUACCUGACCUUCCCUGUCACAAUGUUCUGGAUCUCUAAUCAAGCAGAGUACUUUGAGGAGUAUGUUGUGAAACGAAAGAGAGAAAUCUGUCCCCCAGAACGUGAGCACCAGAGGAUAGAGCUGGAGGCAUUCCAGGAGAAGAUGAGGAGAAGGAGAGAGGAGAGGCUUCUGGCAGAAGAAGAGAACAUCAAACAAAUAUAACUGUUUUACCAGGGGGAACCUGUAAGCCAUUGGGUCCUUGCACUCUAUAACACAGUGUGUGAUAAUGUUUUUUUUUUGUAUUAUACAAUAUGAUUACAUAUAUAUUAUGUUACAGGCUGGAAUUUGUGAUUUGUCUAUCCCUGUUUCCAUUUCCAUUUUGGACACAAUGUGAUGAAUCCAGGGUAGGGAAAAUAAAAUAGUUUAAAAACUGUG